AAACUAAACAAUGAAUGCAAACGAGUGUUUAAAACAGACAUUUCUAUGAUUACAGAUCAGAAGGGAGUGAAAGGGAGAGUACGAGUUGGCGGACGGGCUUUCCUAUCGGUCAACACGCCUUUCAAGAGAAUACUUACAAAAAGAUCACUGCAUGUGAUGUCUGUCGAGAAAUACUUAGAGGACAUUCACGUCAAGGCCUUAAAUGCAAGUUAUGUAAAAUGAAUGUGCAUUCGGGCCAUUGCCAGGAGAAUGCACCCAAAUGUCAGCCAAAGACUCGUUUAUUAAGGAAACAAAAGUCUGCCUCAGAAUUGGACACAAGACUAAACAACACCGACAUUGAAGACAGAGAGCAAAUGGUUGAGCAAACCGUUGAGCCCAUGUAUCCGACUGUAAGAACGGCAUCAGAGCCUCGACUUAAGCCAACGCUUGAGUUCUCAUUAGAGUCCGCGUCCGCAGAGAAUCCGCCCGACAUUACGACCCGAAGACCGAUCCCUCCCGUCAUUACUCACGAGAAGAGUUCUACCCCUCACAGCAGAUCCCGAUCUAACGCCUCCUCAUCCGGAUCUUCGCCAUCGUAUUUGUUGGCCGUAAAGACACCCCUUCACGCCUAUUCAGUCCCUGGGGUUGAGAGACUCAAGUGA